UCAUAGCUACACUCAUCCUUUAUGAAAAUUCUUUUCGCUGAUAGAUAUUUCAGUUUCGCUUUCUUGAAACGACUAAAUAAACAAACUGGUUUUAGAUAUUCAAUCAAGUGCUUUGACGAUUAGAGAUUUUUCGUAAAUACAACAAGAUCGGUUAAUCAGCGGUACUGUUUGAUGCAAUUUGAUGAAUGAAUCAACUCGAAGUUUGUAGUUACAUCUUCUGUUCGCUUACUGGUCAGUCGAGGGACGUUAUUGAAGAUAUACGUCAUCUAUAAAGUUGAUUGUGGAUAUGUGAGAAAGAUUGCAAGACAAUGAACAAAUUUUGCAUUUUCUUUGGAAUUUAUCUGCUUCUUUUCUCCACUCGUAGCCACGGCAUUCCUUGGGACUCCGUUAAGAGAUUGCUCAACGAAACAUGUUUCAGCAAAUAUAAUCUAAAGACAGAUGAAGAACAAUGCGUUGGAAAGUUGUAUUGUCGUCGCUUAUUUAGAGAAACAACUGAUUGUUGGAAGAAGACAUGUGCCGGUGAAUUUGCUACGUCUACAUGUCCAAUGAUAUUCUUCUAUACAAAUGUCUCUUUGAAGGCAUUUUGUGAUGAAAAUGGAAAGUGGAACUUCUCGCGAUUGCAAUGGAAGAAAAAGUGUACAAAACGAUCUUCUACAGAGCGGAGUGCUGUUAUAAAUAGUUUGUUUAAUAUUGAUAAUGAGGAUUUGAUAAAGAAACGAUAUUUGAAGAUUUAUGUCAUAUUUAGCUGGCUUUCUUUCUCAUUUAUAAUUCCUUCACUCUUCAUGUUGUGUUACUUCAUGGACAAGAAAAACAUCCGCUUUAAUUUGCACAAGAAUCUCAUUGUGGCAUUCUUGUGUCGACUCAUUACAUUUUUUAUAGCCCAUUAUGGUGAUCUUAAUACAACCCAGUGCAACGUGUUUUGGGUAUUAAAUCGCUUUUUUGCCCUGUCAGAGAUAACAUGGAUGCUGAAUGAAGCUGCAUUUUUAAUGAAACUCCUUUUUCGUACAUUUGAUGCUAAGACUUAUUUUUGGGGGUUAUUUGCUUUUGGAUGGGGAUUUCCUGCUGUUUUGGUCUUUGGUGUUUAUAUCCCCGUGAUGGUGUAUUUCUACGACAGUGGAAUAGACAAAUGUUGGACUAAAGGAAAAGAAUCUUACUAUAUGUUUAUCUUAUAUGGCCCAAUGACUCUGAUGCUCCUGAUGAACUUUAUAACACUUAUUUAUGUCAUCUGUGUGAUUUUUGAUAAAUUACGUCAUCAAAGAUCAAGCUCAGAACUCCUUAGACUAAGGAAAGGAAUAAAAGCUGCUCUGAUUUUGAUGCCUCUUUUUGGUGUUAUAUAUCUAAUGAUACUUUAUGUUCCUUCAACUGCACCCACGUGGUAUAAUUAUCUUAUUAGAAUACUAUAUCCCAUGCAGGGAACCCUUGCUUGCCUUGUGUAUGUUGUCUUCAAUGCUGAAGUGAGACAAGUUGUCAGGGCAAGAUGGAAACGAUGGAUACAUACAAAAGCAGAAUACCUUGAAAGAGUAAGACCAUAUCGCCGCAUUGCUAGUUUAUUUUUCUCUAACUCUGAAACAAGCAAUAGUACUCAAUGUGAUCAAAUGGUGGUUACAAACGCCUAGCAUAAUCAGAAACACUCAUCAUAUGCCAAGUAAAAAUAUUUGCAACAUCGAGACUUUGAAGCAUAGGUAUUAUACAGGUAUACAUAUAAAUAAGUUUUAUUUAGCACGUCAUAUGCACGAAUCAACAUCUACAAUAAAUGUAACGUACGGGAAAGUUCAUAUUCGAUUGAAGUGUUUGGCUGGAUCAAAAACAUUUCUUUGAAAGCAUUAAGGUAGUGAAAUAGUUUCCAGUUUGAGGGUACUUAAUUAUAAAUUUAAUGUUCUAAUCCUUGUUCUAUUUACCAGAAAGGCAGGUUUAGUUAGUGUAACCAAUUGAGUGUAACCUCUUUUCAUUUAAUAUGUUAAUAAAUAACAAUUGUAAUAAACCAAA